CUCACGCACAAGGUAUCGUCUUAGUCGUUCACUAGUUAUAGCCACAUUCACAAAUCUACGGUCAUCGAUAUGUUAAGGUUAAGUGUAACUUUGCUUCUAGCCUGUGUGGCAUUGUCCUCGGCUGCAUCUCUCAAACAUGGACUGGCCAAGCAAUCAGAUCGAUCGACCCGUAUUGCUGGAGGAACUGUGGCAGCCCCGGCACAGUUUCCUUUCCAGGUUGCGCUGUUGACUGCAGGAGAUCUUCACUACUGCGGAGGUUCAAUCCUGAACCAGAGAUGGGUCGUCACGGCUGGUACUUGUGUGACCGGUAAGAAUAUGGCCGAUAUUGUCGUAUUCGCUGGAAGCAACCGGCUCAACGAGGGAGGUCGUCGGCACCGUGUAGAUCGGGUUGUCCUUCAUCCGAACUUCGAUGUCGAACUGUACCACAAUGACGUAGCUGUUCUGCGAGUAGUGGAGCCAUUCAUCUUCAGCGAUAACGUUCAACCAAUUGCCAUGAGGGCUGCGUACGUCGAAAGUGGUUUGAACGUAACAGUGUCCGGAUUCGGACGUGAAUCGAUUUCCAUUGUUGGCGACGACAGCCUGCGAUUCGUGGAGGCUGAAGUGAUUCCCCAGGACGAGUGCCGGGAAGCGUUCGAUGAGAACUACACUCCCCGUUUAGAAGACAAUACCGUUUGCACCCGCAGUGCCGAUGGAGAGGGAAUCUGUCUGGGCGAUGCCGGAGGUCCACUGGUGAACGAUGGACAGCUGAUCGGGGUUGUAUCGUGGGGAAUCCCGUGCGGAAUGGGAAUGCCAGAUGUGCACUCUCGAGUGUCUGCGCACAGGGGCUGGAUAUUGGUUCACACUUUGGUUUAGUAUUAGUUUAACGAGAAUAAAUAGGUGUAAUAAAUGUAGAAGGUAUUUGAACA